CACCGGAGGGGGGGAUGCUAGAAGAGACCCGGCACCGGACACCUCUCGCGCGCACACCAUCCAGAAUUUAAAUAUUCCGUCCGCACUCUCACUACUACAGUAUUCAAGGUGCGACUCGAACUAUAACAGAAAACAGGUGGAAAGGAGAUAGACAAGCAAAACCUUUUCACAACUUAGAGAUUGUGUUUACUGAUUCCGCUAUUCUGCCGCGUAAAAGGAACGUAGGUAGAUAGACCUAAUUGGAAGGAUAACGACAGCAGGUGUAGUGAGAACGGCUGGGCAGCAAGAUAACCGUAGCCUUUGGACACACGCACCCAAAGGAUUCUUCGUUUUUUUCGCCAACAGAAACGUAUUUAUUUAGGAAUCAAAAUAAUCCACAAAAUCGUAUUUUUUUUCAAGAUGGCAAACUCGGGAAUUCAACUUUUAGGAUUCGCCCUGUCACUCGUCGGUGUUAUUGCACUGAUCGUGGGGACCAUUCUGCCACAGUGGAAGAUGUCUGCGUACAUAGGAGACAACAUCAUAACGGCGGUUGCCAUGUACCAAGGAUUAUGGAUGUCAUGCGCUUUUCAGAGCACAGGGCAGCUCCAAUGUAAAAUAUACGACUCGAUCCUGCAGCUCGACAGUGCUCUCCAGGCCACCCGUGCCCUGAUGAUUGUUGGCAUCAUCGUAUCCAUCGCUGGGCUGGGCGUGGCCACUAUGGGCAUGAAGUGUACCACCUGCGGAGGGAACAACAAAGUGCGCAAGUCUCGGACCGCCAUGACUGGAGGCAUCAUCCUACUGAUUGGAGCUCUGUGUGCAGUAGUGGCCUGUUCGUGGUUCGCUCACAAUGUCAUCCGGGCCUUCUAUAACCCUUAUACUCCUGUCAACACCAAGUUUGAGUUUGGAGCAGCCAUCUUCAUUGCUUGGGGAGGUUCUUUCCUGGAUGUGUUGGGGGGAGCCAUGCUGGCAUCUUCCUGCCCCAGGAGUAAAAAGCCGGUGCCCAAAUACCCCGCCAUGAGUGGCGUGAGCGCCCGCUCCCCCCCCAGCAGCACCAAGGAGUAUGUGUGAGUGCCCUCUACUGUCGAUAACUGGAAUUACAGAAGGUUGAAUAUGAAAGAGUUUCUACAUGGAGUCGAACCUGACUAGUCUGUUGUACUUAUGGGGUGACAUUUUUGUGGCGCAAAAGAGCACAGAUAUGUAUAAGAAAUACCGUAAACUUCAUUAUAUUCUGGCACCGUGAUUUCAUCUGAAACUUUUCUUCAACAAUGUGUAUUAAGGAUGCGGUUAUUUAACUAGAGUUUAGUAAACUGAGCAAUGCAUAAAGAGUAACACAUGAGUUUCAAAUUAAACCAGCUGCCAUAUUAUAAUGAGAUUUACUGUAAAAUAAAUUUGCACAGAUCUGUGCUCUUUUGGACAGCGUAAAUGUUGCCCAUGAAGUUUGCAUUUGGGGGGCAUAUCGGGAUAGUAUGACAGGAUGACAAAAAAAGAAAGAAUUACUGGAUGUGAAUAUAGUUUUACAGAGGAAACCGCCCGACCCCCACCCCAACAAGACUCUAUCAUGCAGUAGUUUGUUUUUGAGUGAUGUCUCUCACCCCCUCCCAACAUUCCACAAUUGUUUAUGAGUUUAUGAGUGGACCUCACAAAUACACUGUAAUUGGUUAUUGGAAGCGCCUUAUAUUAACAGACCAUGUCUUAGAGUGUAUGUUCUCGUAUUACACACACACACACACACACACACACACACACACACACACACACACACACACACACACACACACACACACACACACACACACACACACACACACACACACACACACACACACACACACACACACACACACUUCUCGUAUUACAGCCAAGAUGCAGCAUCAUGGCAAACACUCUCACCCCCCUGUAAGAAACACUGUGCAUUUAAUUUAGCAUUUCCAUUGUAAUUGAAGGUAAUAAAUUAAACUCUGUGUGGUGCUAAGGGCAUACUUUUGGCAUACUCAGGGGAUAGCUAUGUAUGUCUAAUAGCAAAAGGGACUAGCGCGCCACCCGUUCUUUUACAAUGGAGUUUUCUGUCAACAUGACUGUCACCAAGGGCGUUCAACGUUCAAGCCAAGUGUUGACGUCACACUAGUUGUGAGUGACUGCAUACACUAUGGUGAAUCCCCAAGCAAUUCCCCACGGCACACCAAAAGGGAGAGGGCUUUUCAUACAGGCCUGCAAUAUACUCUAUCCCAUUAUAAAAUAUCUUUCACCACAGUCAUUCUUAACAGGUGCCUUGACUAUUACUGAGGAGUGUUUGUUUGUAUUACUGAAAUACACAAUGUAUAUUAUUAUCAUCAAACAGGUUUUUAUUUAUGUGUUUGACCAUUUGUUAAUUACUCUGUAUGAAGUCUUGCUCUGUUCUGAUGUCCACACUAGUAUUCUACUUAGGGCGGAGCAAUAUGUUUGGAAUGCAUUCUAUACAGUAUGCUAGUGUUGAGCUCUGAUUGUAGCCUCUGUUUGUGUUUUAAAUGUAGCAGGACAUGGUAGUACCAUUCCCAAGUGCUAGUGUAGCCUUGUGUCUCCAGUACAGUCUUGUGUUUUUGCUUUUAGCUUUAGACAGCAUAAAUCAUAUUUUAUGUUUGAUAUUUGUGAUCACUGAGAAAGCUCAACCAUCCUGCCUUUGACUGAGAAGAUGCUCAGUGGAAUUUUAACCGUGGGUGCUUUUGUAUUGGGUGAUGUUGAAAGCAUAGAAAUACAAUUGUUAGAUAGUAAUAGUAACCAGAUUACUAAAUAGUAAUUAUAUUUCUAUGGUUGGAAGAUGUCCAAUGUUUCUAGAAAUGUUUAUCUUAAUAAAUGGCCAUGUAGCUACUACAUAAUACAUGUUCUUCUGCAAUUUGUAUAUCUAGCCCAUUUUUCUUUUAUUGAAAGUUUAUCCAAUGGUUCUUGUUUUCUCAUAACAACAGUUCAAAUGCAAUGUUAUAACUGUCAAUAUCCCAAUAUGGAACAUCUCUGAUAAUAAAAUACAGAACAGGAAUAUUA